CUUUGGCCGACAGAACUUGCUGUGCUGGCUCCAAGCUGCAGAGCGGAGUGUUUCAGCCAGGCCAGCACUAGGACCCCGUGGGGUGUGGAGAAGGGAGCAGAGAGGGAGUGGUUGUGGGAGCAGAAAAAGGAACUCCUUUAUAAACUGGGCGGGCACUCCUCCUGCUGAACCAGGCAGGAAGGGAAAGGCAGGGACAGGCUCGCCCAAGGGCAGCUGUUGCACCCAGAAGAAAGCAGCCAGCAUUUAGAGCGCCUGGAAAGCGAGUGUUGUGCAGUGAACAAUGUGCCCAGGGUCUGCCCCUUACACCCUAUUGCUGCCUGGCCUCCCCCAAGAGAACCACCAGAGACAGGCGCUCUGACUGUUCCGAGGCGGGGAAAAUGGAUGAGGAAACAACAGGCGACUUGGAGACCUUGCUGGAAAAGCCAGAGCCGGCUGAGCUGAGGAAACCGGUGCUCUUCAGAACUUACAGGCAGCGAUGGUUCCUGCUGGUGGUGGUCUGCCUGCUGAACUGCUCCAAUGCCAUGCUGUGGCUGACAUUUGCUCCAGUGGCUGACAAAACAGCAGCCUACUUCCACAUCUCCAUGGAUACAAUUAACUGGCUGUCCCUGGUGUACCUUCUCAUAUCUAUCCCGUUUGGACUGGUGGCAACCUGGAUUCUCGACACCGUGGGACUCAAGUGUGCUGUGAUGCUUAGCGCUUGGCUGAACAUGGUUGGAAGCGUCAUCCGGACUUUCAGCGUCAUCAGCUUCCUGAGUCUGGGAUCCCUGACCUACAUGUAUCUGUUCAUAGGACAGUGCCUCUGUGCUCUGGCCCAGCCACUUGUCAUAUUUUCUCCAACAAAACUAGCGGCCCUGUGGUUCCCAGACCACCAGAGAGCUACAGCAAAUAUGAUCUCUUCAAUGUCUAAUCCCUUGGGAAUUCUUACCGCUAACUUGCUGUCCCCUGCACUUGUGUCUGAAGAAAAAGAUAUACCACUGAUGCUUGGACUGUACGUCAUCCCUGCAGUCACAGCCUGCAUCCUAGCCAUGGUUGGUGUUCACGACAAGGUCCCUCCAACUCCACCAUCAGCAAGCGCCACUUAUUCCACCUCGCAGCCAUUUUUCACAGGCUUGAAAAUGCUUCUGAGAAAUAAACCAUACAUCAUCCUGAUGGUCUGUUUUGGAGCAGGGAUUGGAAUGUUCACCUGCUUUUCGACUCUUCUGGAACAGAUCCUGUGUGUAAAGGGGUAUUCAAAUUUCUUUGCAGGCCUGAAUGGUGCAUUGUUCACUGUGUUUGGGUUACUUGGCGCCUUCCUUCUGGGACUGUACGUCGACAAGACCAGAAAAUUUAUAGAAUCCACCAAGGUCUGUUUCUGCCUGGCUGCACUAGCCAGCAUCGCAUUUGCAGUAAUGUCUCAGUUCAGGAAUCAGGCCAUUCCACUGGCUCUGAUCAGCUCGCUGUUUGGGUUCUUUGGCUUUUCUAUCUACCCCAUUGCUAUGGAGCUAGCGGUAGAAUGCUCCUACCCCGUGGGAGAGGGAACAUCCACAGGCUUCAUUUUUGUUUCAAGUCAGAUCCAAGGAGUGAUCUUAAUGCUCCUAGUGCAAGCCCUCACGGUGCAGAUUUCCGCGGCUCCAUUCUCUACCUGUGACAUUGAGGAAGGUGGAGCAUUAGACUGGACAGUUUCCACACUGGUGAUGGCUGGAGCAUGCAGUGUUGUAGCCUGCUUCUAUGUUAUCUUCUUCCACUCCGACUACAAGAGACUCCACGCCGAAGCAUCGAAUGCCACCUCAGUCAACAAAAUUGGAAUAGAAGCAACAGCUCCUGAAGCCUAAAAUGUCUUAUUUACAACUGUACACUAGCAUGCUGGGAAAAACGGACUAAUCUCUGUGGGAAAGGGCCAGUCACACCUGUGCAUUCAGCUGGCAUGCUGGGGCCCCGAGCCUGGUAUGGAUCUUAUAGGUGCUACGACAAUACAAAUGCUACUCCAAGUUUGAUGACAGAGGAGCUGGAAUGUUGUCCGUCCCUGUGGUUCUCCACCAGAGCCCAAGCUGGACUUUUAGGACAAGAUGCAAGGGAGGGAGAUUUGUGCUAUUUGGAUCUUGCUAAAGUGAUUAAAAGAACCAAAGAUGGAUUGGACAUUUACAGAGAUAAGAAUAUUCCGUUGAAAUAGUAAUGCUGAAGUAUUGCAAGGGAGAUAAACCUCACGUUUCAGGAGUUAAGGCCAUUGUUUAAAUACUAGAGGUUGGGGAGAGAGAAUUGGGGAGCUAGCUGCUAGCUAUCAGAACCAGGGUCCUUCGAGGCCAGUGUUCUGUCUCUAGCUGCGCCACUGCUAGAGACAGAACACUGGCCUCGAAGGACCAUGGUUCUGAUCAGCAUGACAAUUCUGAUGGCUUGGGGUGACCUUUCAUCAAGGGAUGGGGGUAGUAAAAACUGGGCAGGUGGGUUUUAUCUUUGCCUGCUGCUAGUUUGUUCAAUGUUCUGUAAGCUCCCAUGCUGGGCACAGCACAUGCUUCUAAAAUUACCUGCAGCAUCUUUACCAGUAGACAUGCGAAGGACAGCCCUGAUAUUUAAGCACCAAAUGUAAAGGAGAAUUGACCCUCCCCCCCGCCCCUGGAGAAGGAGAGUUUAAGAGCCAGCGCAUGUUACGAGACUGGGUUUUAUACCACCCUCCCUCCACCCACUCACCUGCCAUACGAUCAGUGGUGCAGAAUUCAUUUCUAGCCUGUUGCUGAACCUUAACCUUAACACAAACCCUUGACCCAUUUCUAAUAGUUACAAUUUAACAAGCAAAGGCACCUGCUGCCCUCUGAACUCCCUGACCCUGGAGCAGGCCUGUGCUCACUGCCCAGGAGAUGGUGAGGUUAAACGUGAUGCACUAGCACUGUUGGACAUGGCAGGAAAAUGAUGAUUUAGCUCCUUCCCACAGCAGGUACUGCCCAUGACACCCCUAAGAACUCCAAGGAGGGGCAAAGGCCAACCGUCAGUGGGAACCUGCUGGAGGCCAGUAAUGGUAGCACGGGGGCGAUUCACCCCUCGGGGGCCUAGACUAAUGCACAGUGUCCCGGGCGAGUGCAGGGGGCUGUAACAGACCUGCAGGUGCUGCCAGGAAUGAUUGAGGCCCAAGGACUAAAACUCGACCCAUGGGAAAUUGACAUUUCCAGCGCGGGACUCGGUCCAAUUCGAAACAAAACAAUUUUUUCAGCCUUUCCAGGGAAGAGGAAAUUCCUAGGAAUCUUCAUUUUGGGACUAUGGACAGGUGGUGUUUCCAAGAGGAAAUAUGCUCCCCAGGCCCAGUCAGCUGCUGAGUGAAAUUAACACGAUUCAUGUCAGUUUCGCGGCUGCCCACCACCAACCAGCAGCUGCAAAAUCAUGUCCCUUUUACUCAGCAGCUGCCUGGCUUUGCAGGGGCUGCAUUUCGGAGGCAUCCUGAGCUGGGGCCACAGGGUGUGGACUCUGCAAGCCCAACCCCAGGAAUUCCAGGCUCCCAGCUCCAGGGAGGAAGCUUGGAAGCCUCGCAAGCCCAAGCUCAGGUGUGGCACUCAGGGCCACCAAGCUCCCAGCCCCACAGUGGGGAGUUUGGAGGCCCUACAGUCCCCAACUCCGGUGCAGCCUUGGAGCUGCAGACCCUGGAAGCCCGGGGUGUCCAGCAGCCUGCCAGGUAAGCUGGCAGGGAACCAGGGAGGUUUUGUUCCAAACUGCCACCUGUGGUUUGAUGAAUGUUAACUGAACCUGCCACAUGCCUGUGAAACAUUUUGGGUUAGACAGAUCAGCAUUUUCCUAUGCAACCCUGUGCUGGCAGACAAUUCCUGACCAGUUCUACAGAGGCCACAAGUUGCUGUCCAAGGGACGCUAAUGACUCCGUCCCUGCCCCCUGCCAUCUCUCCAUUGUAGCUGUCUGUGACCCAGGCACUAUUUGCACUUUGGAAACAGCUAAGACGUGGUUGGGGAAACUUUCCCUUGCUGUAAAACUGCAGUCUCUUGGGAACGAGCCAUGUGGUGUGUUGGCUGUAACACAAACACACAUUAGAACGGAGGCAGGACCAUUUCAGAUUCCUUCUAGGAGGCAGCAGGGGUGUCUUAAAGUGACAUUUGGGUUGUCUCCCAAGAGCCAUGCACAGAUGUUCUCAUACCUGCAACCUGCAUAGAAAGGAGGCCUGCUGCCUUUAAGACCCCGCUUCGCUCUCCCUACAACCAGGAGAGGUGAUCCUCAGUGUAGAUAUGAUGGGCAGGAGCAGAGGAUUAGCCUGAAGCAGCAUUAUCUCUCCGCACGGUCCUCAUUAACUAUAAGAGAGCAGCCAAAGGGGAACCCAGUCAAUAGCAACCAGGAGACUGCUGGAUCCAUGCUGCCAGGACAUAGUGGGAGGGGUCCAGAGGGGCCAGGAGUCAUCUGUGAUUUAUAAAACUUAAUGACUGUAAUGACUGCAGUGGACAGAAAACGGAUUCCGACUUCUCUGCAGUGAACUGCAAGCAAAAUGGUUUGUAUCCAAUAUACCUCCACAGCAACACUGCACUGCAGUUCUUUGGCAAGGAGUUACAAAUGAAGUUAAACUUUCCAAGUCUGAAUACUUGUUCCCAUGUAUGGCCUUUCAGUGCUAACAGGUAACCUGGGGUGGUGCUUGUAAAAAGCUACUGGAUAAAGUGCUGUAAAUGACACUUGCAAAUAUUAGGAUCAGUUUGUCCCGCUCUCCAGUCCACUUACAGGAAAAAGGGACUUGAUGUCCUUCAGGACUUAGUAUUAAGUGAGUUUUAGCAAUGCAGAUUGUAUACGGCCCUUUCUCCUAUUGGAGGGAGCUAAUUGUUCAAAAGCAUGUAUUAUUUCGCUCUCGGUACACUGCAAACUAGAUUAAACACAUUUGCAAUUCAUUCUUUCUUCCUGCCUUCCAGGCAUGUACUGUCACAAGAAAUCUGACUGCGUCUGCAGUGGAAUUUCUUCCUGGUUGGCUAUAGUCUGUGUGAGUGAGGGUCAAACUUCAGGCAGUCUAGUAUAAUCCAGUGUGUGAACUGAUCAAGCCUGAGAUUCAGCCAAGGAUUUAGGCUACACUGACACUUGUUGAGGACCAGGUGCACUGGUCACCUUCACAAUCUCUUUUACUAGUUGAUCACCAUUUGUUAGUUUGUACUGUUACCCAUUAGGCUGUCUACACUACAGAUCUCAAAGCAGCACAACUGUACGGCUGCAACUGCGCUGCUGUAAAGUCUCCUGUGUAGCCACUCUAUGCCAGCAGGACCCCUGGCAUACCUGGCAUAACUAAACCACCACCAAUGAGCGGUGCUAGCUAUGUCGGCAGGAGAUGCUCUCCCAGCGAAAUACCACUGUACACAUCAGUGCUUUUGUUGGUGAAACUUAUGUCCAUCAGGGAGGCGUUUUUUCACACCCCCAAGUGACAAAAAUGCUGCUGACAAAAGUGCUAAUAUAGACAAAGCCUUACAUUCCCAUUAGACUAAAAUUCACAGAAUGAAGGGGAGGAAUUGUCUAAAGUAGAGGCUUAAGCGGAUAACAGAUUAAGAUUCAAGGAGAUAACUUCAAAGUACUUCAGAAGAACAGACUGUGAAGUUAUCUGACAAGCAGACUUUAGUUUGUCAACUCUGCAACUGUGGCACUAAAUGCCUAAUAAAGUAUGACUGAAUCGUGUCAGCCAUUCCUCAAUCCUGAUCAAAAUGCUCUCGGUACAUGAUUGGUUUGUAUCUCUGCAAACUGUCCAAUUUAAUAAAUGGUGCUUUUUCAAAA